AUGUCUCCUUCUCGGACUUCGCUCCUAGGUUCUCUUCUUCUCUUGAGUUCUGCGGCCAUCGACGCGAAACUUCUCGCAGAGCCGUCCUCGAUCCUCAACAAGACAUAUGAUUUCAUCGUCGUGGGCGGUGGGACUGCCGGGUCCGUCGUGGCUAGUAGACUGAGUGAGACGAGUGCAAGCGUUCUCCUCAUCGAGGCUGGUCUUGACAACGCCAACAUCUUCGACGCCGAGGUUCCAUGGUUCUGCUUGGACAUGACCCCGAACCAGCCUUGGGACUGGAAUUAUACGGUCACAGCUCAAUCCGCGCUUGAUAACAGGACGUUCCCAUAUCCUCGUGGAAAGCUCUUGGGAGGAAGUAGCUCCGUCAAUUUCUUGGUCUACAACUACGGUGGUUCCGAUGACUUCAAUCGCUACGCGAACGUGACGGGCGAUGAUGGUUGGUCCUGGAACGGGCUCGAAGCUUACAGGGACAAGACUGAACAUUUCGUUCCUCCGCAAGAUGGGCACAAUACUACUGGCCAGUAUAUCCCGUCCGCGCACAGUACCAACGGAACGCUCUACACUUCCUUGCCCGGUUACCCCACUGGUAUCGACAAUAUGCUCGUCCAGGCCGCCAACCAGCUCCCAGAAUUCCCUUACACCGAGGACAUGAACCAAGGCAACGAGAUCGGCUUGGGUUGGGUCUACGCUUCGGCUGGGUAUGGCACGCGCAGUAGCGCCGCUACUGCGUACCUGACCUCAGAUGUCUACUCCCGGAAUAACCUCGACGUACUCGUUAAGCACCAGGUCCUCAAGCUGGUCAGCAACGAUUCAUCCGCCGGUUCACCUGCGUUUACGUCCGUUCAAUUCGCCGCCUCUCCUGAUAGCACCAUCUAUACCAUGAACGCCACUAAGGAGGUCAUCCUGUCCGCCGGCUCCAUCGGUACCCCGCAAAUCAUGAUGCUUUCCGGCAUUGGAGACUCUGCUCAACUUGAGCCUCUGAACAUCACCACCAUCGUCAACUCCACUCAAGUCGGCCGAAACCUGCAGGACCACCCACUCCUUCCUAACCAGUUCUCCGUCAACUCGACUGACACGUUCGACGAGGUGCUCCGCAACACCACCAUGUUGAACGGCCAGAUUGCGGAAUGGAACAACACGAAGACUGGCCCUCUUGUGAACACCCUUACGAACAGCAUUGGCUGGUUCCGCGUGCCUGAUAACUCGAGUGUUUGGGAGACCUACGACGAUCCUUCAGCGGGUCCCACUUCCGGCCACUACGAGUUCGUUUUCGCCAAUGGCUUCGUCGGCAUCAUCCAAGAUACUCCCACCUCUGGAAACUACCUCACGGCUAUCACCAAUCUUGUCACUCCGACCUCUCGCGGAACCAUCACGCUCAACUCCAGUAGCCCGUGGGAUUAUCCCUUGAUCGAUCCUGCCUUCCUCAGCGAAGAAGUUGACCUUGUUCUCAUGCGCGAGGCAUACAAGGCUGUCCGCGUCUUUCUGUCGGCGCCCGUCUUCGACGGGUACAUCAUCGGGCCUUACGGGGCUGCCAACGCCACCUCAGACGACGACAUCGAUGCAUACAUUCGCAACCUUACCACAUCCGUGUGGCACCCUGUCUCGACUGCCGCCAUGGGUGCGAAGGACUCUGACAGUGUCACCACGCCCGAUCUUUUGGUCAGGGGAACUACCGGCCUCCGCGUCGUCGAUGCAUCCGUUAUGCCGUAUGUCCCAGCUGCCCAUCCCGAGGCCGGAAUUUACCUCAUCGCAGAGCGCGCCUCCGACCUCAUCAAGAGCGCUUGGAAGCUCUCAUAAAUAUCCGAUAUGCGUCUCUUCAACUUAGACUAAGUUAUCUAUGUCCUUGGCGAUGAUCACCUCAGGCUUUACACUCAUGCAAUCCUUCUCCCUUCACUCUCGUUGAAUAUUAUCCCGUUCUCUGCAUACACUAAUCACCACGGUGAUUCUUUAUCCUUU